CGCAACAACAUCAAGAUACGCAACUUUGUACACAUCUUUGAAGUUCAUAUGGUCUAUAUAAAAUGUAUAUUCCAUUUAAAAAAGCUAUUUUAAAAACAGAUACAGUGUUCUUGUGAAAACUGAAAGCAAAAAUGAUGGAGAUUGUAUUGCAGAACUUUUGACGUCGAAAUAAUAAAUUGAUGGACAUUAACGUAAAAAUUAGGUGCUCGUCAAUAGCAAUCCAAUUAGUUUCAUAUUAUUAUCGUCCCAAUUAAAAAAUAAUCAGAUCCAUUCACUAUUGCACUUUAAUAUCUCUGGAAAAAUAUUCCGCUUUUACUAGCUAUAUAAACCACUGACAUCUAUAACCAUCUUAAUCGGCUGCAAACCGAAGAGGCAGUAAAGAAAAAUUCACCAUGGCGGAUUUUUCAAUCAAGUUUUUACUUUUAUCAGCAGUAUUUUUGACAGUGUCGACUCUUCCAGUUUCCGAUUUCUUUCCAUUUGGAGCAGGUGAUAUCGUAAUAAUUGAUAAAGAAAAUAACACGCAAAAAGUUCCAAAUGAUGACGGCGUUUAUCAAAUUACAACACUUCACAUUCCAUUUUUUAACAGAACUGAGAACACCGAUGUUCAGAUCUCCACAAACGGCUAUGUUGCAUUUGGAAAAACAGUGUUUAAUCGAUGGACGUCACAGGAUUUUCCUCUCAACGGUGUUGCCAUGAUUGCGCCAUUUUGGAAUGACCUCGAUUUUAUAGAUAGGGCUGGAAAGUUAUACUAUCAGGUACAUAAAACAGGAUCAGCUCUGGAGAAAGCUUCACGAGAAAUCUUACAAAGAAGAGGGACAGCGUUUCAACCACAUUUCGUGCUUGUUGUUACAUGGUUCAAAACAAAUAUUUAUAGUAACAGACGAGCAAAAGUGACUUUCCAACUUGCAUUGGCAUGUGACGCAACAGAAACCUAUGCAUUCUUUCUUUACAAUCAAUUGGACAAUUUAUCCAAAGUGACAUCCGUCGGCUGGAAUGAUGGAGAAAGGACAAAAUCAAAUUUUUUCAGACAUCCAUUGCACCGCAUGGCAAAUGUGAGCAAAUUAGUAGAUACAUCAAAUGUAGGUGUGAACGGAAUGUGGAUAUAUAGAGUGGGAGAACCUGGAGGUAAUUUCCCAAGAAUUCAUCGUUAUCCUGUCGUUAAAGCGACUACCCAAGAUCAUCGCUUAGUUUUCAAUUGCACUCUUGAUGACGAUAUGCUUGAUCCUAGAGGUGUUUAUGAAAUCACGUGGUACAACGGGAAUACAAAAAUCAACAAAACUGAAAUUCUCUCCGAUGACUCGAAAACAUCUUUGUUGAUGAAUGAGAACGUGUUUCAAAGUUUAUACCAACUUGGAGCAGAAAUAUCUUGCAAAGUUCGAACAUGGUAUACAAAUACAUCUAAUACGAAAAGUCGCUUUUUUGAGAGUAACAAGUUCUUUGCUGGAAUUAAGGUUGAACCUCGAGAAUUCGCAAUAACUGAAAGUUCAGAAGCUGCAAAAGUAAAAGUGACUUCCACUAUUCCAAUUAUAUGCGCUGAUGGUAGCACGAACUGUGAAGUGACCAUUUCAUUCCCAUAUCAAGGACUAGAUGUCCAACUUAGCACGUGCAUGCUGUCCUUUAAACCAAAUUCACCAAGUAUGCAAGAAUUGUUCAUAUAUCCCACUCAAGAUUUCAUUGAUGAUGGUAAAACUACUGUUACAAUUACACCAGUUGUUAGUAAACCAACCAACAUGUUUGAUUGGCAUAAUCAUGCACCUUCUCAGCCAAUCAAAGUUACAACACAAAGCGUUACAACAGCUUCAUGCUCAUCUUCUGGUGACCCCUACAUUCGCACGUAUGAUAGGCAAUGGUAUUCCUUUUUUAACAUUGGAGAUUUCGUGUUAGCCCAAAGUCGUAAAAAUAACUUUAAGAUCCACAUCAGAACAUUUGAUUGUUUACAAGGAGUGACAUGCAACUGCGCUGUAGCUGCCCAAGAGAAAGAUGAUAUUGUUGCAAUUGAUAUGUGCAAUUCUGUUGCACCCAAAUUUAGAUUUCCAACUGGGCACCGUCCGUCUCCAGAAACAAAGUUAAAAGAAAUUAAUCCAACUAGAUUUCAGAUCGAAUUUUCAUCUGGAACAUCAAUUAUUUUCCAAGUUCACCGAAGAACAAACCGUCCAUCUUUCGCCAAUAUCUACGUUCAAGUACCUUCUAUAUACUAUAAGAAGGUUGAAGGCUUGUGUGGGACAUUUGAUGGGAACAUAAACAACGAUAUGACAUCGAAAGAAAAAACUGUUUAUCAACAAACGUAUCCUGCUAACUCUGUUUUUGUUAACAGCUGGAAAUUAAGGAACAGAACUAGUUUAUUCUUCAAACGAAGCGGAAACAAGACCUGUGAUCGACCAACCCAAUUAAAUGACACAAACUUAUGCAUCUGUCAUAAGAGAGGUGGUGUUGUGACACCUAGCUGUGGAAUUGAAAGGAUAGCUAUAAAACCAACGUUUACACCUUCAACGAAUUUUAAAACUAUCGUUUCUGCAGCGUUCUCCGAUUGUGAUCGCCGAAAGCGUCGGGCAGUAUCAAACGUCAUUGUUGUUCCCGACGAGGGAGACGACACCAUAUAUGAGUACGAUCCACCAGAUCGACCUUUCGUUCCCAAAACAUGGCCAACAAGCAGUGGAAAAACAGAAGCGCAAGUUAAAGCAUUUUGUAACAACGCCAUUUUGAAUUCAACAUCAGGAAAAGAGUGUUCUAUAACACUGGGUACAGAUUUUGACAUUAACACAUUUCGUAGGGAAUGUGUAUCAGAUGUACAGAUUUCAGAUUCUUACGACUAUAUCCAAUCCAUCAUUGACUCGAUGACGUCAUCGUGUACGGAAACUAUAUUGAAGGGUGUUAAUAAAUAUUGGGUGAGGAACAACAAUGGAACAUUGAUACCACCAGCUACUGUUGGUAACAGCAUUUGUCCAAAUGACUGCAGUGAAAAAGGACAAUGUAUAAAUAGUACUUGUUUCUGCAGUUUUGGGUUUGAAGGAGAAGAUUGCUCUAUAGAGAGAAAUAAACCCCCGAGUGUGGUUGCUGGUGUUGAAGUUUGUGAUGGACGAACCAAAAGUUGUUUAACAGUCAGUGUUGUGGGAAGCAAUAUCAGAACAUCAAGUCCUGUAUUUUGCAAGUUUACGCCAAAGAAUGGGAACACUUCUAUUACCACUGAAGCUGUUGUUGUUUCUUUCGCUGAAGUAUUUUGCACUCUUCCAUCUCCUCCUCUUAUUUUGGUUGGUGACCCCUCAAAGAAUACUGGUAGGUCUUCAAAUGAAUUCCGCGUACAGCUCUCAAAUGACGGAACACAUUUUAGCACAAAAAAGAAGACUUUUGUGGUUUACGAUUCAAAAUGCAUUGAAUGUAAUGCAACUUCCGCUGCUUGUCAACUAAAGAGAUCAACUUGCAGAAUAAACGGAUACUGUCUUGCAGAGAAUGAAUCCAGUCCAUCAUGCUCAUUUGAACAAUGUGCUCCUUCGAUUGAUCAACAUCAUUUUUCAAUAAGAAAUGCCUUUGAUUCCAGUUCCCAACCAAAAUGUCCCAACUGUUUGUGUACUGGCAAAUGGAAUGGUAACUACAGGUACUCAGGAAGUUCUCAUUACUUUUUAACAUGUGCAAAUGGUAUACCCUACUGCAGAACUUGUUGGCCAGCGUCGUUACAUUUUGUGGAAAAAUGUAACCAAUGUCUUUACAGCCUAACAGAUGCUUGUUCCGGAGGUCAUGGCAAUAAUGAUGUUGAAACCUGGAAGAGAGAUGAUGCAAUGUCUUGUCCAGAUGUUUGUAGUCGGUUGCCGAGUCUUGUCGGUAACAUAGCACAUCCUACGAAUCCACAUCGUUAUGUCAGUUGCUAUUAUGGAAAAAAGAUAGGAUGUCAAAAAUGUCCAGACGGUCUGACAUUUGAGGAAAGCAACAGCAGUUGUAUCCGUCAAUUGUAAAUUAAAAAACUUUGCUAUAUGUUCUAGAAAAUGUUACUUCUUCCUGCGUGGACGAUGCAAUGAAAAUAAAAGAAUUUUGUAAGAAAAGUCUUGUAAAAUUAGUUGGUGUACAAAAGAAAACCAUAUGUCUUAGAGUUUAUUGAUUUUGAUUUUAAUAGUCUUACAAAACGGCAGCAUCCUAUUCUUAACACGGAAAACUUGAGAAACGAAAUUUAAUGUAAUGGAUUAUACAAAAAUAAAAAAUGAAUUGUAAGCUUAUUCAUAAUUUUUGUAAUAAAUUGAUUUAAUUUAGGUUUUGGAACCAAUAUUAAUUAAAAAGUUAACUUGAGGAACCGAAUAAUUUGGGGCAGAUAUUUUUGCUUAAUUUUUUGGCAUAAAUCACAAGAAGGUAGAAGUUUUCUUUUUUAUGUAAUCAGACAAAAAAUAACAAAAAGGAUGUACAAUACAUCAAUGCAGCAAGCAUGUACGAAGGGUGAAUUUUCGUGCAUUUUUCCACGUGCUAACGACUAGUUUUAUGUAAUUAAAUAAAACAAUUAGGUCUCUUUGAAACUACAACAUCAUUUAUUACUGUUUCAUUUAGUGUCUUAAAUGUUGUUCGUAUGGUUCGAUCUUGCGGUUUGGACGUAGUCAGUUAAAACUGUUAAAUAAAUAAAACCGGUAAAAAAUCUUAUAAAAAGCACAGCAAGCGAAAACAAACCUUUCGUUGAUUUAAAAUUUACUUUGACUUUGUGUUUAUUUAAGAAAUUUUCACAUAGCCCUGUUCAUGAAUCACUUUACAUAUUAGUGAGUUUCUUAAUUUUUCUCAGUAUUGUCUACAGCUCACAAAUGACAUAAUGGGGGUGACACAUCAAAUACGCUCAAGGUGUACCAAAGUAACGCAAGUGAAAU